AUGGCUACCUCCAGGAGUGUUCAACGGCUGCAGCAGACACUGUCGCAUGUCCAGCCGACGUCGGCCUCGAAGCCGAUCCAGCUGUCGAUUGUCGCGGGGCCAACCCAGCCUGCGCUGCUGGACAUUACCCUUGGCGAGCUACUGACUAUUCAAGCACUACAGUAUGGUAACUAUGAGUGUCUUGUUUUCCCCUGGACUGGAGCGCGUUGGACAUAUGCCAACUUGAAGGAUGAGGCGGAUCGUCUUGCGCGGGGUAUGUUGGCGAUGGGUGUCCAGAAAGGUGAUCGCGUUGGCAUCAUGGCAGGUAAUUGCGAGCAGUACAUCUCCGUCUUUUUCGCCGCUGCCCGUGUUGGCGCUAUCUUGGUCGUGUUGAACAAUACAUACACCCCAUCAGAGCUAUACUAUGCGCUCAACCACUCGGGUUGCAAAGUUCUGUUCAUGACACCUCGCAUUGGACGCCAUAAUCUCGAAGAAGUGCUAGUUGAGCUAGGCCCCAGCCCCAAGGAGAACGAAACCUCGAAAUCCCUGGAGGAGAUUGUUAUUCUACGCGGUGGAUACCAAGAUUUCCCGACUUACGACGAAAUCAUCGCUCGCGGCGCUUCGCAGCCUGCGCAUUUGCUUCAGGACCGUGAGGCUGAAUUGCGACCGGAUGAUGUGUGCAAUCUCCAGUUCACCAGUGGCUCAACGGGCAACCCCAAGGCUGCCAUGUUGACGCACCAUAACUUGGUCAACAACUCGCGAUUUAUUGGAGAUCGCAUGAGACUGACUUCUUUCGAUAUCCUCUGCUGCCCGCCGCCACUCUUCCAUUGCUUCGGGCUAGUCCUGGGUAUGUUAGCAGUCGUCACUCACGGGUCUAAGAUUGUUUUCCCCAGCGAGACAUUCGACCCCAAAGCCGUCCUACAUGCUAUCUCAGACGAGAAGUGCACUGCGCUACACGGCGUGCCAACCAUGUUCGAGGCGAUUCUCAGUAUUCCCAAACCCCACAACUUAGAUACCUCAAAUCUGCGAACCGGUAUCAUCGCGGGUGCUCCCGUACCCCGUCCAUUAAUGAAGGCUCUCUUGGAGGACCUCAACAUGAGAGAAUAUACCAGCAGCUACGGUCUGACCGAGGCAUCACCCACCUGUUUCAAUGCUUUUACGACUGACAGCAUCCACACCCGACUGACUACUGUGGGCAAGGUUCUGCCUCACGCCCGUGCUAAGAUCGUCGAUUCCAAGGGCAACAUCGUUCCAGUGGGCCAGCGCGGCGAGCUCUACAUGGCCGGAUACCAGCUCACAAAGGGUUAUUGGAAUAACGCGGAGAAAACAGCCGAGACACUGGUUACCGAUUCUGAAGGUACUGUAUGGUUGAAGACUGGUGACGAGGCAUCGUUCAACGCAGAAGGCUAUUGCACCAUCACUGGCCGCUUCAAAGACAUCAUCAUCCGCGGUGGCGAGAACAUCUAUCCUCUCGAGAUUGAAGAGCGAUUGACUGCCCACUCCGCAAUCGAGCUGGCAUCCGUUGUCGCAAUCCCAGACCAGAAAUACGGCGAAGUUGUCGGUGCAUUCAUUCAGCUAUCUGCUGGCAAGACCCGACCUUCGGAUGAAGAUCUCCGUGCCUGGACUCGCGAGACGCUUGGUCGUCACAAGGCACCGCAAUACGUGUUCGUAUUCGGCGAGGAUGGCGUACCUAGCACUGUGCCCAUAACGGGCAGCGGAAAGGUUCGGAAGGUGGAGCUACGGCAGAUGGCGAUGGAGGCAUUGAGUCAGCGCGCCAAGACGGCGUAG